AUGAAGGCUAUCCGCCGAUCUCUCAAGAGUGACAAGGACGGGAGGCAGCCGCCCAGCCUGACCAUCACCCCCAAGACGAUCCAAGCGCUCCCCCCGAAGAAAGUUAUAAAAGCCUUAUACGACCACGAACCCAAAAAUGGGAAUGCGCAAGAGCUGUCAUUUCACAAGGGUGACUUCUUCCACGUCCUGAGCCGUGAAGACGAUACGGAGUGGUACGAGGCCUGCAACCCGCUCAUCCCGUCUGCUCGAGGGCUGGUGCCCGUGGCAUUCUUUGAAGUGGUGGGUAAAAAACAGCGACAGAGUGAAAACUCGCUAUCCUCUCCCGGGGAGCGGAUGGAUGGCCACGAUUCGGGAUUUUCAGAGAAAGGCUCGACCAACUCGGGACAUACACGAUCCGAAUCCACAGCAACCACACGACCCAGUAUAGGAACACACCAGAGAGGACCAAGCAUGACCGGCAGAAGCACAGGCGCCAUGGUGUAUGGCGUCGUGCAGUAUGACUUCCACGCUGAACGGGCCGAUGAACUGGAUGCCAAAGCGGGAGAGGCCAUCAUCGUCGUGGCGCAGUCCAAUCCCGAAUGGUUCGUUGCGAAGCCGAUAGGACGGUUAGGAGGACCAGGAUUGAUUCCGGUUUCAUUUGUCGAUAUUAAGGAUACAGUGACGAUGCAAUCCGUGCCCGACCCUUUGGAAGCAGUCCGGAAAGCAGGCGUCCCUCGAGUGGAAGAGUGGAAGAAAUUUGCAGCAGAAUACAAGAACAGCAGCAUCAGCCUGGGCAAAUUUGAUAAUUCCCAAGCUCAAAUGUCGGCCGACAUGGCUCGAAUGAGCCUUCAGCAGAAUACCGGCUCGCAGCAAUCGCUCCCCAGUACGAACUAUAGCGGCGCGAGACUAUCGCAACAGUCAAAUAUCCCUCUAGCACCCGUCAGUGCGUCGGUGCCGCGGUACUGUUUUGACAACGACAUGUACUGGUAUAUUAUCGAAUGUCAAAUGGAAGACGGUCGAUGGUGGGAGCUAUCGCGGUACUAUGCCGAUUUCUACGACUUUCAGAUCGCCUUACUGGAAAUGUUUCCCGAAGAGGCUGGUAACAAGGGCAAGCCUCGCACCCUGCCGUUUAUGCCUGGGCCCGUGGCACAUGUCACUGAUGCCAUUUCGAACGGUCGACGCCAGAAUCUGGAUGAGUACAUCAAGAAGAUAGUGGCCAUGCCACCUCACAUCUCCAAAAGUAUGCUUGUGAGGAAUCUAUUCAAGCCCAAACCCAAUCAAGAUUUCGAAAUCGACCCCAGCGCACUGGGAGAGGAUUACCGAUUGUCUGGGGGAUCUCAGCAAUCGAUGCAGCCAGUCUCUCGGACGUCCUCUAACCAGCAAGCGCCAGGUAUGGCGUACGGGGGCAUGCCACCUCCCAGUACAAGAGCGUCCCAGCAACACCGGGGUCCUGUACCCAUGGGGGCUGGAACCGGCGUGGCCAUGGGAGGGCCCCCUUUCUUGCAUUCCCAGGCCAGCAAUUUGACUCAAAACUCCAACUCUUCAAGCAUGAAGGCUAACAAUACCGGCGCUGCAAUGAAGGUGAAGGUGUUCUUUCAGGACGACAUCAUUGUUCUCCGAGUGCCCCAGGACAUUAUAUUUGCGGCACUGAGAGAGAAGUUGAUGGACCGGCUGAAGGUCAACGAAGAUAUCGUCAUACAGUACAAGGACGAGCCGACGAACACUCUCAUCGAUCUCGAGAACGAUGAUAACCUCGACGUUGCGCUGCAACGGAAUCCGAAACUCACAUUGUAUGUCAAUUAUGCGACAGGUUAA